AGGGAAGGGAAGGAGGGAAGGGUGGAGGGUAGGCUGAGAGAUAGGUACUGCCCCUCGUUUUGCUCCCUUCGAGUUGAGACAAAGACAAGUUGGGAGCAGAAAUAAAGACGGGAAUAUAUUUGUCCCUGGUUGUGCUUUCAGAUUGGAGAUGAAGCUUCUCCUCGGAGCUCUCAGUGCUCUGCUCUGCUUCUCACUGGCCUGUGCUCACACGUUGGAUCCUGCUGGGAAGAACGUCUGCCAGAAUAUAAGGGAUCCCUCUAACCUGUUCUGUUGCCUUGGAUGGCGCCAGGAGGGAAAAGAGUGCACAAUACCUGUAUGUGAGGGUGAGCAGGCCUGUUUGAAGGGUGAGAUCUGUUUAUAUCCUGGAUUAUGUCGCUGCCCACCUGGCUACUAUGGUGCUGAGUGCAAAACGAACUGUCCUCUUGAGUUCUGGGGUCCAGACUGCCGUCAGAUAUGUAAGUGCUAUCCUAACGGGCGCUGUCAUCCAGCCACUGGCGAGUGCACCUGCCACCCACUCCGCUGGGGCCCACUAUGCAAGCAAACCUGCAGGUGUUCCCGGCACGGGCGCUGCCACCCCAUCCACGGAAACUGCACCUGCGACACCAGCUAUUCGGGUUCAACCUGUGCCAAACCGUGCCAGUGUGAUAUCGGUGGGUCUGUAGGCCCCAGCUGUGACCAGCAGACGGGCAAGUGUCAGUGCCACAAGGGGCACUGGGGGAUGAGGUGUACAAACCCGUGCAACUGUAACCAGUCCCCAUGUAAUCAGCGCAAUGGUGUGUGCGAGUGCAAGCCUGGCAUGUGGGGAACCAGCUGUGACCAGAGUUGUAAAUGUGACCUCAAACACAGCAGCUGUGACGUAAUGAGUGGGACGUGUCUGUGCCACCCAGGAUACAGGGGCGUCUCCUGCAACCAGCCCUGUGAAGCAGGAAAGUAUGGCACUGACUGUAAAAGGAGUUGUGGUCACUGUAAAGACAACCAGCUUUGCUCUCUGAUCGAUGGCACAUGUGCAGCCUGUGAGCCGGGCUGGAACGGUACGCGAUGCGACCGCCCAUGUCCAUCUGGUUUCCAUGGUGAUGGCUGCAAAGAAGGGUGUCCACGAUGCAGGAACAAUGAACCAUGUGACCCAAAAACUGGGUUGUGUCAGAGCUGUGAUCCCGGAUGGACUGGACCCAGGUGUCAGGAGCGCUGCCUUAACGGGAGGUUUGGAGACGCCUGCCUCUUGACGUGUAGUCCUUGUUUUCAUGGCAACUGCCAUCAUGUGACAGGAAAAUGUGUCUGUGCGCCAGGCUUCCAGGGAGAGAGUUACAUGAUUUCUUUUGGUCGUAGUACAACUGUUGCUGAUGGCGGCUUCUUGGUUCGGAUGAAGUAUCAUGUUUAUAGCGUCCUGGCAAACAUUGGCGCUGCCCUGCCGUGUAUCUCUGCCUGGUCCUCUGGCCUGCCUCGUGUCACCGUGUCACACCAUGACCCUGAGCUGACCUUUAACCACAGCUUCAUUGAGCCUCCUUCCUCUGGCUGGGUGACGGAGGGAUCGUCCUUCGACAGCGAUGAGGAGACGGGAGAGGCUCUUUACUGCGUCCCUCCAAUGGAAGACAUCCCGGCUGUGGCGGGCGGUGAGUUCCAGGAGAUGAGCUCAAAGUGUAACAUGUUCUUAGACCCGUCGGGCUUCAGCAGCGAGGACAUCUCCUCACCCUUUAACAUCCCUCGCACCUCCAGCAUUGCCAAGGCCAAGCGGCCAUCCGUUUCAUUUGCAGAAGGCACCCGCUUCAGCCCCAAAGAGAGGCGUGGCUCUGCUCAGGACCCUUGUGCUCUCCCUCGCAGCAAACCCAAAUCAUCCUGGGGGGUUCUGAUGCUAUCGGCCCUGCAAAGUCAGGGAAGCACAGCUAGAACUGGGGAGGGGAACGGACUUGAGGGCGAGAAGGAGAAAGAUGGAGUGGAUGUGACCGACAGUCAGGAGUUAAACCGUGAGGAGGCUGACCAGGAAGUAGACAGAACCCCAUCAAGAUCCACUCUGCAGGUUCCUGGAGCAUCAGGACGGAGACGGACUAUGUCUAACACAGCUGCUCAUAAAGGGACAUCGUCCACCUCUGAUGCUCAAGAAGGGGGCUCUCAUAAGGUCACCACUGUGUAUGUGACGGUGGGUAAGGCGGGUAAGCCCAUCGCAAAAACAGAGCCGAGCUCUGAGGGGCCCGUUCAGGCGAUGCUGCGAAGACUGGGCAGCCUCCAGAGGCAAAAAGAGCAGGAGUCUGGCAGGCCUAAGCCGAAGGGGAGUGAAGGCAUCAUCAAACCACCCAGGAAGAAGCUGGGAGCUCGGGCGGCUGUUUGGGAGCAGGGAGGACCGUCUACAAGGGAGGCUGGAGUUUGUAAGCCAAUCAGGAGGAAGCACUCCUCCCACAACUCCUCUGAUGCAGCUGGAUCGAAUGGCACACUGCCAGCAGAGAGUGGCACUCCAAAACAACCGCUGUCGUCCAUUUUAAAGAGCGUGCCUGAAGUGGCGUCAGCUGACUCGGGGUCUAAUCUGCGGGCCGAAGGAGACGAAAGGCAGCACGCUGCCCCGCAUCAUGAAGAACAAAUUGAGAGCUCCUACCGGACUCUGAGACCCGUGGGAGAUGGCGCAAGCCCCAUUGAAAUCAUCACCAACGAAGGAGCGGUGGUCAGUGUGACUGAUGAACCCUGGUACGAAAAUGUCCAGAUCAAAAACUCGUGACCUCUGAGAAAACGUGUCAGCAGGACUGAUCGAAAAACAGCCGCAUGUUUGUUAUCCUGCAGUUAUAACUGAACAAUGGGGAAAGCUUCUCUGAGAGAUUUGUGCAGCUGCAGCUCACAUGACUGAAAUGACAGAGAAAUUGUUCAUUUAAAAAUAGCAACCGUUAAUGAAAUUUCAAACAACAGAUGGAACAAGAAAAUAGGGUGUUUUCUAACAAGAACGCUACACAGUCCGUUGUUGCCUUGGUGUUGUUCCCACACUGUAACCCAUGUUUCCCCAGUACCAUGACUCUGAACUGACCGAUCAUGCUGUUAUGAAUUUUUAUCUUUGCAACUUAGUUUUUCUUCAGGCUUUUUCAAUACUCACUAAACAUAUUUUCCCUAAACCUGUAACCAAGUGUUUCUGGCUUAACCUAAAAACAACUACAACUGAAAACUGAAACUACUCUUUUUAGUAUUAUUUUAAUCUAAGCCUAAAAAUCAAAAUAUUUACUUUUACAUUAGCACAAACUUACAGUCUCGUGGGUGAAAGUCCUGCAUUUAGACUUUCAUUAGCCAACAGCUUUAGGAGCAACAUCAGCUGGGUCCUGGGUUUGAAUCCAUUGGCUGUUUUGGGGCCUUUCUGUUCUCUCUGGGCACUCUGAGUCCCUCCCGCAGCCCAAAGACAUGUAUGUUAGAUUAAUUAGUGAACCUAAAUAGGCUGAAAGUGUGAAUGUGAAUGUGUGACGACCCAUGGAAUUGGCUCCAGCACCCCCAUGAUGGAUGGAUGGACAGAUGUAAUAUCUGCACCUGUUGUGCUUAUGUAGUCAGAAAGGAUAAAUGGAAGUAAAGAGUGGAAGUUUGUGGAAAAAGAAGCAGUGAUGAACAUCUGGGUGGGUUCCCAGAAGAUAAUAAAAUGAGUGUGAUGAACUUUUUGAUUGAUUUGAUUCAUUCAGUUAAGUGUGAGGAAAGGAUCUGAGUCUGCUGCUCUGUGGAUAUUUUAUUAGUCUUGGAUGAAACUCAGGUAAGAACAGGCUGUAACAGAUUGUAGUCGCGAUUCACUCAGAAUCAGUACAUGCUUUACACAUGAGGGAAAAGCCCGGCGGGGUUGUUUAUUCUAUCGUAUAAAUCAGUCAGAGAACUGGAAUUGUAAAAAUGUUUGUACUUCUGUGACCCGAUGUUAAAGUUUCCUGCGAGUCCACAGCGCACAAACACUGCUGUGGGGUUAGAAACACAUUACUGCCCUGCUUGUGACCACUGGUGAAGUAAACCUCCCCUGAAGUCUGUGUUAAUAUUUUAUAGCAUUGUUAUUUCACUGUAUAAACAUGACCGUGAUUAAUAAAAAGACAAUAAACA